AUGCCGCCAAAUCCCCCGCCAAAUAGACCACCCGCUGGACGAGGACAGCCAAGCAGUUCAGAGAGCUCCUCGGCUACUCCAGGGCCAUCGGGGACGGGAGGAACGGCCCGUGGGGGCUCAGCGAGUGCCAGAGGACGACCGGUGCAGCGAUUACAAUCUCUCAAGAAGCGAACGCCAGGUGGGAGUCUGGUGCCACUGAACGCGGACGGCUCAACACCCAAGCCAACCCUAAAAUUCCAGCCGAAGGUGGUGACACGGAAGAGCAAAGAAGAACGAGAAGCGCUAGAGAAUCUCGAAGCUCAGAGGCUACGGGAAAGAAUAUCUGCGGCCAAUGCUGCACGGCGGACAACUCGAGGGGGAGACAGAGGCAGAGGCAGAGGGCGUGGCAGGGGCGGCGCGAGUGGUGCAUCUGGACCCCUAGGGGAAGGAACAGGGCCUGGAAGACAUGGAGGCGCCUGGAAGGGCAAAGGCGGCCGCUCUGGCAAAGUAUCCGGCUUUUAUGGAGUGAAGAAUGAAGCCGGUGCAGACGGAGAACAGAUUGGUGGAGAUAUCUCUUCUGACGAAGGAAGUGAUCACGGACUACGGUUUAGCAUCGAUCAUAUCAACCUCGAGAGUGAUUCGGAAGGGGAAACACUCGAAGCUGGUGCCGUGACGAAGGGCAAAUCGUCCAUGGGGAAGUCUACGCCUACGGGUGGAAGCCGUGGACUUCGGCCGGUGCGAGUUGAGAGGCAUGAACAUGUUGAACGCUCCGUUGGUAUUCCGGCUGAAUCAAGCUCAAGUUUAAGCAAGUCUGCUGAGCUCAGGAAAAAGGCAAAGGAGAAGGCUGGAGCUGCGGAUGAUAGCCUCUUUGUCGAGGAUGACCAGUCAGAGUCCGAUGUUGAUGGAGGUGACGAUGAUGUGGUUAUGGGAGAUAUAAAAGAGAGCGGCCCUACGGCGGAUGGCCCUCAGAUCAAAGCAGAACCCACUGAUGACGAUGCUACAAUUGAUGAUAGUGUCCCUCCCGCUCCGUCUGAAGAAACUGUCCCCAAACCAAGAGUUAAACCAAAAAGGGUCAAGGAUCCAAGGAAGAAGCUACAGACAGAAGAGGAGCGACAGGAGUAUGACCGUUACGAAGAGGACAUUGAUUACUUGAAAUCUACACUUGGGAGCAUAUCUACAACGGCAGGAAAUGCCCCUGAUACCUCCGCCGCUGCUGAAGUUGGGAAGAAGGAUGAGGAUGACACUGAGGCCUCUGCAAAGCCAGUAACCGACGAACGCCAGGGCCAGCUAUUUCUACUCCAGUUCCCGCCGAUGACACCUAACCUGGUGCCGCCAACGCCCGAGAAGAACAGUGCAGUUGGACAAGGUAAUGAAGCUGUUGUUGAAACUGCUACACCUCUGCCUGUUGCUGGAACCGCCCCGGCAGCUCAGGGUUCUGCGACUAUUAAGCAGGAAGAAGGCGCUGUCAAUCCGGCUUCCACGGCGAGCACUGCACCUCCCCUCGUCACAGCAACGAACAGCACUUUGCCGCGUGGACGAGUAGGGAAACUGAACAUACACCGAUCCGGCAAAGCAACCAUCGACUGGGGCGGCGUCAGCUUUGAGCUCACGAAGGGCAGCACCGUCGGUUUCAUACAGGAUGCUGUGAUACUGUCGGACAACAUGGCUGGGGCCCCUGACGGCAGCGCUUCGACCCGCGACAAGAAGCUCUGGGCCAUGUCUCAGGUCACUGGCAAGUUCGUUGUUACCCCGGACUGGGACAAGAUCUUGGAUGAAUGA